AUGGUUUUUGAUGCUAGUGCUAAACCAGCCCCAUUGGCUAACAGUAUUAACGAAUGUAUGUUCACUGGACCGUCCUUGCAACCACUACUUUGGGACAUCUUGAUCAGAGCGCGUAUGACACCAAAUCUACUUCUGGCAGAUAUCCAGAAAGCCUUUUUGCAAAUUGGUGUUAAGGAAACGGACAGAGAUGCUUUUCGAUUCCUGUUCGAAAUCGAUGGAAAAGAGGAACAUUUCCGGUUUGCAAGAUUACCAUUCGGCGUCGAAGCCAGUCCCUUUCUGCUUGGAGCAACGUUGGGAUACCACCUUGAGCAACAGCCGACAAGAUUUGAGGAAACUGUGACAGCUCUUAAAGAGAAUACAUAUGUUGAUAACAUCAUGAAAACUGGAAGUGAUACUGACGACUUGAGGAAAUUUAAAGAAGAAAGCUCCAUCAUUCUUGAGGAUGCCAAACUCCCAAUCCACAAGUGGGAAUCAAACAUCGCGUGCCUCGAAGACGAAAACAUGCCAAACCCAAGUAAAAUACUCGGACACGUCUGGGAUAAACAAGAAGAUACAUUAGAAUUCGAAGCAGCAACCAUGCCUGAGAACCAACCAAUAACAAAGAGGAGCAUUUUGAGUCGGUUAGGAAGAGUCUACGAUCCUUUGGGAAUGGUAUCGCCUACCAUGGCUGAGGGUAAGAACAUAUUUCGAGAUGCCUGUGAAGAAAGAAAAGGUUGGAACGCUGAAGUGUCAGAAUCCUUGAAAAGAAAGUGGAUCAAAUGGAACAAUCAAAUGAAGAAUGUUAAAGUUCCUAGAGCUAUAACUAAGAAAUCGGACGUGAUUGAAGGCAUUCAACUCCAUUUGUUUGCAGAUGCUAGUAACCUUGCUUGCUGUGCAGCAACAGUCGCAGUGGUAGAGCACAAAUCAGGAACUGUGAAAGGUCUGUUAACGUCCAAAUCUCGAAUUUCCAAAAAGAACACCACAAUACCGAGGUUGGAACUUGUGAGUGGUCAAAUGGCGGCGAACAUGGCAAGGAAUUUAUACCAUGCGCUACUGCGAUUGCCUGUUAAGUCUAUCAUCAUCUGGAUGGACAGUAUGGUCGCGCUUUACUGGUUAAGUAACCCUGGAAAGCCUUGGAAGACUUUCGUCGCUAAUAGAGUUAAGAAGAUAGCAGAAAUUACCAACGAGAUUGGUUUGGUGUGGAAGUAUUGUCCAUCAAGUGAGAAUUUGGCGGAUCUAGGCAGCAGGGGAGCUACAAUUGAGAAAAUGGUAAAAGACGGAUGGUUCACUGGUCCUGAGUGGUUGUUACAUGUAGAACAGUGGCCGAAACAACCCCAGCUUAAAGUUACUACACACGUGAGCGAAGAGAGCAAACCCAGCAUGGUGGAGGUCUUUUUUACCAAAGAACGAGAGCCUGAUGAAUGGGAUGCGCUGCUGGAAAGAAGUUCGUAUUGGCGCACAUUAAGAGUUACAGCGUGGGCACUGAGAUUCCUGCACAAUUGUUUGGCGAAACGGCGUAAAGAGAAAAGAAAAUCUGGGCCCAUCGGAAACGAAGAAAUCGUGAAAGCAAAGAAUACAUGGGUGAUAAGGAUUCAGAAAAAUAUUAACCCAACUCUACAAGCACCUGGCUGGAAAAUCUUCGAAGAUAAGAACACAAACAUUCUCAAAUGCAGGGGAAGAGUUCGGGGAUAUACUCCAACAUUUAUCGAAAGAGGAUUGUUUGCAGAGAAGCUUAUCACACAUACACACAAUCAAAUUAUGCACCUAGGCGUUGCAAAUACAAUGGCCGCCUUGCGAGAAAACUGGUGGAUCCCUCAACUAAGAUCGAAGGUAAAGAAGGUGAUAAAAAAUUGCAACGUUUGCAAACUGUACUCCACGAAACCAUACGGAGCGACAGCGACAAGUAACAUGCCUAAAUUUAGAACUGAGACCAGCAAGCCAUUUGAGAUCACUGGCGUGGAUUUUGCCGGACCGUUAAGGUACAAGGUCAACAAAAAGGAAGAAGGAAAGUGUUACGUUCUAAUCUUUACUUGCGCUGCAUACAGAGCCGUUCAUUUGGAACUAACUAAAACUCAAGAAGCUGGUGAAUUUCAGCGAAAACUUAACGCAUUUAUUGCACGUAGAGGAAGACCUCGCUUGAUGAUUUCCGAUAAUGCUGCUACUUUCAAAGCGACUGCAAAGUGGACUAAGCUAAUUCGAAAAAGUGAGAAGCUUCAGGAUUUCCUCGCAACCCAAGAUAUCUAUUGGAGAUUUAAUCUGGCAAAGUCCCCAUGGUGGGGAGGCAUCUACGAGAGGCUGAUUCGUGAAAUCAAGAAAACCUUAUACAAAACCUUGGGAAAAUCACACCUAUUCUUUGAAGGUUUGGAAUCGGUCGUAUUGAACAUCGAAAGCAACAUGAACAACCGUCCGUUAACUUACGUAGAAUGUGAUGGUGGGGAGGAACAAGUCCUGACGCCAAACAUACUCAUUCGGGGAGAAAACUCUUACAUGUUCGACGAUGUUGAAGAUGAAGAAGACGAGCUAACCAAGAUGCAAAGAAGACUUAGAAAAGCAAAAGAUGAUGCAUGGAAACGAUGGAAGCGGGAAUAUGUGCAUAGUUUACUGGAGAGCCAACGAGUCAAUAACAAGGUUGUCGAAGCACCACAGAUUGGAGACGUUGUCCUGGUAGUGGGAGAAGAGAAGAACAGGGGAGAAUGGAAAAAAGGGAAAGUGCUUCGACAAGUUCGUGGAAAAGACGGUGUAGUCAGAGGAGUUGUGCUGUUGCACAAAGGGCAUACUAUUGAACGACCACUGCAGUUGAUCUGUCCGCUUGAGAUUCACUGCACACCAAACGAACGACACAAAGAAGUUGAAGAAAAGGAAUCGGAGAAAGAAAAGAGACCUCAGAGACAAGCCGCAAAGAAAGCAAUCAAGAAAAUAAAUGAACUAACGCAGUUGGAAGAGGACUGAACAUUUAAUAUAUACGUUGAUAUUCGGUUUUGAAGCUAUAAAAAUUAAACUUUAAUUUUUAGGGGAGUGUGUACGGAAUAGUGGACCCCCCCCAUAUAAGUGACGUAAGCAUGAUUGACGUUUGCAUAAAAGAAACAUUAAGAGCAUGUUGAUGGGGGGUCGUUUAUUAUUAGAUUAUGUGAGACGAGACAAAACAAAACAAGUGAUUUGUGAGCGUGAGAAUUCUAUAUUUUUAUACAAAUAAAUGUAAUUUGUCUUUGUGAUUUCUGUGGUUGUAUACCUGUUAACAAUUUAACAAGAGAAGUUCGGUAUAUUAUACUGUAACACAGUCUGUCAAACUUUGUGGCAUUGCUUGUUGACCCCGAGCAGCGCUACCCAGGUCUGGGUAGUUGAUUCUGAUUGGUCACAACUUAAUUCAAUAGUUAAUAGAUUCUGAUUGGCUUUAUAAUUAUCAACGAUCAUUGGACUUUGAUUUUCAAAAACAAAAUAAUAUUUUCUAGAGCUGCUCCCAAUUAAUCAAUUAUUUUUCCACAAUCGAUUAGGCUUAACAGCAGUCCGAUAAUCGGAUCAUCUAUAACACCAUAUAUAUAACGCCAUAUAUAACACCACAUAUAUAUAAUGCCUGAUACGGGAAUUAUUUAAUUUUUUUCCUGAUUAAAAAAUUGCGACAAGAUUGUGAUUAAUUUUAAUGACAAACAUUUUUCAAAACUUUGUCCGUCAAAUAUAGUCUGAUCAGGUUUACCAGUUCUGCGAAAAUAUCUUUAAAGUUUUUUAUUAGAAGAAUUUAUUAGCAUUUGUGUCCAACAUUAUGGCGUGCAGAUUUUAAAACCUUGUUUCACGUUUUAAAACGUUAGUUUGGCCACACCAAGUGCCAUAUUUGAGCAAUGAAGUUGACAGGUUUCUGUGCAAUUUCCAAAAAUUUAGUAAACACUUACAAACCUGCAGCAUGAGCAUGUCAUAUUUAAAUUUAUUUAAUUAUCAAUACGAUUAAUCUAUAUAUUAAUCGAUUGUUGACAACGAUUAAUCGAUUACGAAAAUUAACCGAUGGGAGCAGCUCUAAUAUUUUCUUGACACUUGAUGUUCAUUGUAAAUUUUACUUCUCUCUAUGCUUUAAACUACUAAUUUUUUAUGCAAAAAUGUUUCUACUUCCAUUGCAGAUUAAUACGAUAUCUAAUUGAAUAAAUAAAAUAGAUAGAUAGAUUGAUAGAAAUUUUAUUUAUACAUGGUGACACCGUCAACCAAAGCUGAUUUCCACAAGGGGUGUGUGCCAAAAAAAAAAAAUCUUUUACAUGUGCACGAAAGUGACAUGUAGAGCUAUUUACCAAAUAUACAAUAUAAAUUUUAAAAGAUAUAGAGUAUUAAAAUACUAACAUAUUAACAUCUAAUGAGAAAGUUGGUAGAAUAUUUACAGGUACAUUAUUUACAAUACUUAAAUAAUCAUAAAUGUGAGCAGCAAUUUUAUUUUUCAAAAGGAAGAAAGUGAUUUACUUUCCCUAAUUUCUUUUGGAAUAGAAUUCCAAAGGUUUGCUCUGUCAUACUGUACAUGAAACUUUUUUUCAUGUAAUUAGUAUGAAGUUUUGGUAAACAAAGACCACAUGAAAUGUCCCAAGGUGAUAGUUUGUUUUCUCAUAUUUAUAUAAUUCAAAUAAAUUUGUGAGCGAUUUGGGACCCAUUUUAUUUAAUACUUUAUAAUACAUCAUUUUUGCUUUAGCCUUCUUCCUUUCUGUUUUGAGUGGUUCCCAACCCAAUGUACGCAAAAUGCAACAACAAGUUGAAAAUAACAGCAAUUCCUCGUCGUGAUGUGAUUUGUUUACAUUAGCCAGAAAAGUCAGAACUUUGUUGGUGUUUGAACUCAGCCAAUCAAAAUCAACUACCCAGAUCUAGGUAGCACUGCCGCUGCUGGGGGUCGCAAUGCCACAAAUUUUCAGACCGUAUUACAGCAUAAUAUGUACAGUCUGUACACAGGCUAGUCCACACCAAGUAAGCUGAAACAUUUGCUGACCACAGUGGGAAUCAAACCCAUAACCUUUGGUUUGCUAGUCAAAUGCUCUACCAACUCAGCUACGAGGCCACAUUGGUUCAAGCGGGUGAUAUACGAGGGGCCCGCCACGGCUGAAAUUUGGUACACUCGACUCAGAAAUUAACAGAAGUCAAACCCGAAAUCAAGAAAUCACAAGAGAAAUCAGUGAAUUUUGAAAUCAGAAAUCACUCAAAUCACUUGAAACUUCAUUAUUAUUGAGCCCAUAGUUAAAAAUAUUUGCAUUAUAAAUCAACAGAAAUCCGGUUAGAAAUCAACAGAAAUCAGGUUAGAAAUCACUUAAUUUCAAAAUCUCAUACUCUUUCGAACGCUGUGGCAGGCGCCAACGGUGAUAUACGACUGCGGUGGGAAUCAACCUCAACUGAGCUGAGCUACGAACCUGGUACAGUAUAGCUCAGUUGACAGAGGCAUUGUAGCAAACCAAAGGUCGAGGGUUCGACUUCCACCGCAGUCAAGCAAACUUUUCAGCUUGCCUGGUAUGGACACACUCAGAGACAACAUCACAAGCAUAUAUCUUCACCUGAGUGCACAACAUCAAAAACAAAAAAAUUCAAAAUUGUCUACAUGCAAUUAACAUACAUUUUGCAUCCUUUCUUCGUGCUGUUAGCAGAAAGUCUUUGAUUUCAUGUAUUUCUUUAGGCUAUACGAUAGAUAAAAGUUCACAUUAG